CCACGAUCGCGCAGCGUUGCAAUUUCGUAGCUGAUAUUAAAUUGUAUAUUACCGCCAUUUAACCACGCAAUAUAAUACUUUUUAUUUGUAUAGUCCCAUUUUAGUCAAAUUUUAUAAUGACGUUGAUUCAAAGUCUUACUAGAGGUGCAAUAACGCGAAUCAUGCAAGGCGAAUAUAUAUUAAAUCCGGUUGUACAGAUUCUGAAUAUUGAUAGAGUGAACCCCACCAAACCGGAUGAGGAACAAUAUCGGUUGAUUAUAUCCGAUGGCGAGUAUCACUGCUAUGCCAUGUUGGACAUCCAGUUGAAUCAACUGCAUCACUACGGACUGCUCAGCGAGAACACAAUUGUGUGCCUGGAUAAGUACACAAUCUCUAUGGCGGGAAAGAAGGGGUUCGGCAACAAUCAAUCAAUUAUUUUUAGACUAAUUUUGAACGAAUUAACUGCGUUAAACUCGGGAGAUCAGGUACAAACAAAAAUUGGUGAACCCGUUACCUACGAGAAUGCAGACACAGCAAAUAGCGCUUCAACUGCACCUGUUCUACGUGGGCCCGAGGAAAGGAAACAAUCUAACAAUAACUAUAACAGUAAUGACAGAACAUUGAAAACAAAGUGUAAUGCACUCACCAUUCCAAUUGCCAGUCUCAGUCCAUUUCAGAAAAAAUGGUUUAUCAAGGCCCGCGUUGUCGGGAAGACACGCAAGUACCCGUAUCGCGGAGGCAGAUACUUUAGCAUGAAUCUUAAAGACAAAUCCGGGGAGAUUCGUGUAACUGCUUAUAAGGAGCAGUGUGAUAAAUUCUAUGAUCUGAUCGUUGCGGACAAUGUCUACUUCUUCUCCAACUGCCACCUUAAGCUGGCCAACAAGCAGUAUUCACUGAAAAGUGAUUAUGAGAUGAGUUUCACCGGAGAGACAAUGGUUCAGCUAUGCGAUGACGAAGACAAUGUAGGAGUACCCGAGAUCAAAUUCGAUCUGAUACCUCUUUCACAAGUGACAAACAUGGAGAAUAAUGAGUCAGUCGAUACAAUUGGCAUUUGCAAAGAAGUGGGCGAACUGCAGACAGUAACUUCCCGUACGACUAACAAGGAGUUAAAGAAACGCGAACUCACGUUGGUGGAUGCAAGCAAUGAUCCUAUCGUUCUAGUACUUUGGAAUAAUGAAGCUAUCAAUUUCGAUGGACAGGUGAAGUCGGUUAUCUUGGUGAAGGGAUCGCGUAUCAAAGAAUACUUGGGCCACAAAAAUCUUAACGUGGGCAGUGGUUCAAUUCUUAAAAUUAAUCCGGAUACACCUGAGGCCCACAAACUGCGCGAGUGGUUCGAUAAUGGGGGUGGCAAUAAUAUAAGCACGAUGGUGUCUGCGCGUACUGGCGGCGGCAGCUUCAGCACUGAUUGGCUGACCUUGAAGGAUGCUUACCUUCGAAAUCUGGGUUCGGGCGAAAAGCCAGAUUACUUCCAGUGCAAGGCGGUUGUGUACAUUGUCAAGCAGGAUAAUGCAUUCUACAAAGCGUGUCCACAAGCGGAUUGCAACAAAAAGGUCAUGGAUGAGGGCAAUGGUCAUUACCGCUGCGAACGCUGCAAUGCAGCAUAUCCUAACUUCAAGUAUUUUCUAAAGGUUGAUAUACACAUUGGAGAUUGCACCUUUAACCGUCGAGCCAUUUGCUUCGGCCAGACUGGCGAACAGUUGCUUAAGCAUACAACCCAGGAGAUUGUUGAAGCUCUGGAGAAUGAUCCGGCUAGAGCUCAGAAAAUAUUCUCUGAUGUUAAGUUCUCAUCUCACAUUUUUAAAUUGCGCUGCAUGAAUACAUUCUAUGAGGGCACGGUGCGCAACAUGCUAUAUGUCCAGUCCAUAAAUCCCUUAAAUAUCAAGGAAUACAAUGGGCGUCUGAUCAAGGAACUCAUUGAAAUGACAAAUGGAACUGCUUAGCAGCUUCUCUUCGUGCACUAAACGCUGUGUGCAAUAUUAUUUGUUAAGCUACCAAAAAACCUUUUUAUUUCUCAAUAAAAUUGACUUUUAAUACUGUUUUCCCGUUAUAUUGAAGGGAUCACAACCGUUUAGAAAAACUUAAUGCCGAAAUUUUCAAU